UCGUUCCCGCUUUCUGCUAGUUGCUUUAGGUGAAUGAUCUGUCAGGAACCGGAGAUUCCACUCGUACGCGCGAGAUAACGGUGUUUUGUCCCGCCGACCGUGUGAACCGACCCGGUGUCUCGAUGUUUAGCCUCGUUCUCUUUUUAACUCGGGAAACGGCUCUGGAGCGCGUUAUUAUUUAAAACUAAAAGCCUACUUUUCCGUAAUGAAGUAAGCUAAUCCAGCUAGCUGAGCAUAAAGCUAAAGGAGCCGGCUAGCUCUCUGUGAUCUGAUUCGGUGACACUUUCAGCCGCUUUGUCUGAUAAACAUGGCAAGCGCUUUAAGAACGGGUUUAACGUGGCUGUUGAGUGCGCUGCACGACCCGCGGCACGUCGCCCGGUUUCAGGAGCUGUGCGGUGUGCGGGGUCCGUUCACCGGAAACCGAGCCGGCGCGCGAGACUCGGGCGGCGGAGGCGGUGAGAAGGUGGAAGGGACCCAGCGGAGGAGACCGGACCGAGAAGGUAAAGGGAAGGAGCAGGACGUGAACGGCGCGGCGAACGGGACGGCGAACGGGGCCGCUGGAGAAAGCGCUCGCGCGCGUCCGUCUAACGGCUCGGGCAGGGACGGAGUCGCGCGCGGGCCGCUGCGCAAGAACUCGCUAACGGGAGACGUGGGCCACCAGUUCGUGAUCUCGAACCGGUUCCUGUACUACGCGUUCACGCUGGGCACGGAGCUGGGAAACGAGCUGUUCUACAUCAGCUUCUUCCCGUUCCUCACCUGGAACGUGGACCCGUACGUCGCGCGCCGCCUGAUCGCCAUCUGGGUGUGGGUCAUGUACCUGGGCCAGUGCACGAAGGACCUGGUGCGGUGGCCGCGGCCCGCCUCGCCGCCCGUGGUCAAACUGGAGGUGUUUUACGACUCCGAGUACAGCAUGCCGUCCACGCACGCCAUGUCCGGUACCGCCGUCCCGCUCGGGCUGUUCCUGCUCACCUACAGCCGCUGGGAGUAUCCGUUCCUUCCCGGACUCACUCUGGCUUUGAGCUGGAGCGCGCUGGUGUGUGUGAGCCGCGUCUACAUGGGCAUGCACUCGGUCCUGGACGUGAUUGCUGGUUUCCUCUACAGCCUGCUCAUCCUGGCCAUAUUCAGUCCAGCCCUGGAAGCCAUCGACACGUUCAACCUGUCUUCCAUCUACGCUCCCAUCCUCAUCGUCUCUCUGCACGCCAUCUUGGGGCUUUUCUCCUUCACCCUGGACACGUGGAGCACGUCUCGUGGCGACACCGCUCAAAUCCUGGGCACGGGCGCGGGCAUCGCCGUGGCGUCCAACCUCAACCACCAGCUGGCCCUGAUCCACGAUCCUCCCGCCUCCAUGCUGCCUAUGCAGGCUCCGCCUCUCAGCUUGGGCCUCAUUGGGUGGAGCUUGCUCCGCUUUGUCCUGGGCGUGGUGAUGCUGAUAGUCACGAGGGCAGUGAUGAAGGCUCUCACCAUCCCUCUGGUGUGCCGCGUCGUCGGAAUCUCAAGCCAGGACGUCCGCAAAGCCAGGCAGCACAUGCAGGUUGAGCUUCCGUACCGGUAUAUCGUUUACUGGACCGUAGGGUUCAGCGCCUUCUUCCUCGUGCCCUUCAUUUUCAGCUGCAUCGGCUUGUCUUGAUUGCCCGAAGCACAGGUUAAUAAAAGAACAAAUGGAGCUAGAGUUUCAGCGCUGCAGUUCAUCCAAGACCAAAAAAAAUUUCUUUCAAAAAAUUCCCAAAAAUUCUUUGAGAAAGAGUUUACCAUAAAACCUGCACUGCCCAAAGCAAUGGCUUCCGAUCCACAUUUUACAGCAGUAUGUAACACAUCUAGAGCUGAUUCAUUUAUUUUUCUAAAACCAGGUUUUACGUUCAGGGUAUAUACCAUUGUGGAUUCCGUUUUUAUUAAUGAGCAUCGCGAAUAGGCACAUAUUUUUUCGAACCCUGUGACUGCAAGUUCUCAGUUUGUCAGUAGCAUCUUGGACACUUGAAGUUUUUUUUUUUUCUAGAAUAAGAUUCCAUUAUUUGGGAUCAAGGACUUUUUUUUUUUUUUUUUUUUGAUUUGUUCGACUGAAAUUUCUACAACUGACUGAACUUGGAAGACCUCAGUAGCCUUCAGCUAAUGGAGCAGAGAAGAGAGAUCCGAGAUGACUUUAGAUCUCACAGUUAGAGGUGGACAUUGUGGUCGUACUUCUCAGUCGAUCCAAAUACAUGUCCACUGUGAGGUUUUUCAACACUGUAGACAGCCUUUUAGUUUAGUAAUUAGAGAUUUAACCACUCUCUGACACAAAUCAUUCAGGGUUGGUCUCUGUGCACACAGAUUAAGCAUUCCCUUUGCUUAUUAAUAUGAAAAAAAAAAAAAAAAAAAAACUGUAACCCUCUGAAACUGAAACAAAGUUUGGGAGAAAGUGAGCACGUUUUUCCGAUUUCGGUUUGCUUCCAGCUUUCGAAUUCCUCAUGAAAGCAGCCAGGCGAGUUUCCCCGUUACUGUGUGCUUGAUUUGUUAAGGUGUUUGCAUUGUAAUGUCAUGUACGCGACAUUACUGACAGACACUGUGGAAUCUUCAGUAAGAUCUACAGGACUGUAGUUUCAGUGCCAUGCGGGUUGAACACACGUGGCUCGUUUCCAGUCUUCACGUUUGUUACGUAGUUCCAGUAAGGAGCAGAUUUACACCAACGGUAACCUGCACGCUCGUGCUGCUAUUGCAUCUAGACAAUCAGUUCUAACCGUGCUGUGGUCGUUUUCUGAUGGCCAGCCUUUCUCAUGUUCUUCUUCAGGUUAAAUGUUGUUUUUUUUGUUUUGUUUUGUUUUUUGUUUUUUAAUGAUUGUUUUCCGUGCUCUGAAGGAGAUACUCGAUACAAAAAAAAAAUUUCACUGUCUACUGUGUAAGCUCGGAGAAGUCUCCUGUUUCAGACUGAUGUUUGUGUAUGUGGUACUGUUUUAAAAGAAAUGCACUGUUUCCCAGAAUGCACUGCUUUUAUGUGUGCUUGUGUUUGUGGGCACUACGUCGUCGUCAGGCUUGUAUUUUAUCUCGUGUGUGUGUGUGCGCGUGUGUGCGUGUGUUCUGCAUUCACACUAGCAAGAAACAAGUAAUUAGCAUACCGUUGUCGCUUGUGGGCGUGGCCUGUUCUGAUUUGAGAUGGUAGUAGGCAAAAUGGCUACUUUAUUUUGGAAUUUAUACACAUGAGCGUGUUACUUUUGUUUAAAAUCUGUGUCUUCAUGGAGUAAAAUGGUUUUAUUUCCAUUUUUGAGUGCCAAAUGCUUUUGAAUGGGGUUUUAACGGAGGUAGGAACUAAUGUUAUGAGAGUCAAGGUUUCUGGGGACAGUGUUGGCUCAGUGGUCGCUUUGGGAUUUUGAUCAGAAGGUUGUGAGUUUGAAUCCCAGCUCCACUAAGCCACUGCUCGUUCUUUGAGCAAAACCCUUAACCCCAGCUGCUUAAGUGUGUCCCGCUCAAUUGUAAGUCGCUUUGGAUAAAAUGUAAAGAAUGUGCUGUAGGAGGAGCCAGUCGUUUGGAUCUGUCACAUUACUACGUCAUACCUAUUUGCAUACAUCCCAAAUGGCGAUGAAAUUAUGACUCCAUGCCACGCACUCGCAUAGAAAAUGAACAGUUGCUUGUCGCUGGUGUUUGCUAGUAUGAACGCAGGGUUGUUAGUGUGUGUGUGUGUGUGUGUGUCCACUAGAAAGAAAGGUGGAGAAGGUGUACUUGGUGUAAUAAGUGUUAUGUGUAGAGCAACAACUCGUCCCUGGCCAGCAAGGAUGAAGCUGCAUAACGUGUUUGAAGCUUGACCAGUUGUUAGAGACAUAACUGGGAUGCCUGAGAAAAGCACUAAAGCUGGAUGUUCUGGACCAAUUAAUGAAAAAGCAUUUCAGGUUUGAGUGAGAAUGGAACAAAAACUCACAAAAUGUCCCCUGUUUUGUGCCUCCAGGCGCUUAACUACAUUUAUUUAUCUACAUGUAGACCAAAUCAACAUGCACAAUAUUCUUAUUUUUGGAUAGACUUAAAGAUUUUUAUGUUUAGUGAAAAAAAUCUAAUUCAUUACUUUCAGCUUAACCCAAAAGUAGUGAAGCAGCUUAGACAUGUUUCUCCAGUUUUACAUUUCAGGUGGCAGAGCCUAGGAGGUGAAAUGAUACCGGAGUGUUUCACUGCUGAAAAGGUGGGAAGAAAAGGCGGUCUUCAGUAGCGUUCACACACAGAGACUGUAAUUUAAUGCUUUGCUGUUCGAACACACAGCCCAUUGUUUUUCUUUAGAGUAAGCACAGAAGUACUAAAAGUCCCAUUUAGUCACUGUCUACUGGUUAAAUGUAGUCGACUGAGUGACAUAAAAAAAGUGUUAACGUAUAGGGGUGGGUGAUAUGAUGAUGUCAUCCUUACUACAGCUAAUUGCAUGACAAUAUAUUUUUCAGAGCUGGUAUUAUCAUCUUCAUAACAUCGCUCAGCUCCAGUAACCAGAAGCUGAUUGGACAUAAAAAAAAACUAUUUUUAAACCAAGAGUUUUCUAUUUUUCUGCAGUUUCUUCCCUGCUGGGAUAGUGAUCUUAGCUGUCCAUAGGCUUUUUGGUUUUUUUUUUUUUUAAAGUGAUGAAAUAAAAACAGCCACUUAGCCAAAUAUCCACCCAACCCCUAUGUGCUCAUCCUACGUUCACACCAUUGAGUCAAAAAAAAUUUUUUUUAAUUCAAAUGUCGCUUGACUUGCUGUCCCUGAAAUCGUUUUCUUGCAAGUAUAUAGGAAAUUAACGAGCACCUGCCAUGUUUUGGCUUGAUAGUGUGAAUGUAGGGUUACACUUUAUUAACGUAGGGUUACGCUUUAUUAACGUAAGGUUACGCUUUAUUGUGUGCUACUGAAAUUACUCAAAUAACAGAGCAAAGCCAGUACUCGCCUAUCAACUAUGCAGAAUUUUAAAACAUAGCUAUGCAGACAUGUAGGUGUGCUGCGUAACAGGACAGAGGAGCCCUCAACACUCUUCCCUAAAUAUUGCCUCACGAGUGGCGCAACAGAAAAGCGUUCACCCAGUUGUCGGGAGAUUGUGGGUUCAAAUCCCACCGAUUGUGCAGCCAUAUACGAUGAAGCCGGUCACAAAAUAUUGGCCGUGCUUUCUGGGUAGGAGGGACAGCGGCACUCUCUCACCAAUCGUGGGUGUCUGUGAGCUUAAGUAUGAGGAAGAGGGCAGAUAGCGCUCUCCUCCGUGUGUGUUAAGCUGUGCUGUGUUGCAGCAUGAUCAGCAGUUUAAAAAAAAAAAAAAAGCUGGAAAACACAGAAAGCUGGGAUUUAAACAGAACCCACAGGGAUGGAACUAAAAUCUGCACCCUGGACUAAGUAGCUACCCAGAUCUUGACUAUUCUUCAUGCUAGGUCGAUUCCACAGGGCCUGACUGUAACGGUGUGAAGGAGUUGUGAGGCAGGAAAUGAGGCUUGAUGCUCGAUCAGUUCAGCGUAGCUCCCACUGUGCCUUUACUGUCCAGUAUUUCAGAAGAGUUUCAUUUGCAUACACGAUGAGAAACCGCACCUCUACCGGAUAAUAUUUUGAGUUAUAUGUCAGAUUCCGUCCACAAUGAAAGCAAUAAUAAUUACCCACUUCCUGUCUGGUGAUUUAAAUUAUAAGAUGGAUAGGUGGAGCCCUCAGCAUAUAUCUUACUAUGCAUGUUAAACAUAAAGGAAUAUGCGACAUAAUUAAUGCGCUGUAAGUACAAUAGGGAGACAUCCUCCUUCUCCAUUUCCCUACAGGAAAUAUCUACUGUAAACAGGAUCCUGAAAUGUACUUUACAGACAUUUACCAAGAGCUCCAUGUUGUACGUACCUGAAGUCUGACUCGACUUGAAUCGAUUAGAACCAAUGUGUGUAUAGUUACAAUUUACUGUUGUGUAAUUUUUUUUCCUGUUGAUGUGUUUGUGUGAAAGAAAGAGUCGGGACGCAGCUGAUGUGCUUAUUUCACUAGCUGAUAAGUAGCAGAGCUUCCAAUCGCUUGAAUUCGUAUGUGUAAUGUGUGUGAGGUUUAUAGCGCCCCCUAGUGCACACUCAACCCCACUCAGUCUGGAUUUAACACAGAGAGAGAUUACCGUGGGUCUGAAUGUUUUAAUGUUUUAUCUGUUUUAUCUGAUUAACUAUUUGUUUUACUAGAUCAGAAUUUUUGUGCAAAAAAAAAUGUUUUUGACUGUUUUUGCAAUUGCAAAAGAAAAAAGCAAUGACAUUACAACAGCUGCCUUUUGUCGUUCAUUCUUACUGUAUGCUAUAAUAUAUAAUCUAAUAUUUUAUAUUAUAUAAUAAAAUAAACUACAGUUGUUAUAGCUACAUUUGCAAUAUUUUUUCAAGGUCACUUAAAGCAAUGCUGCAGUGAAGUUUGAAUUAAUGAAUAAAGGUGAAAAAGAUAAUUAUGGUGGAAAAAUAAUAGCUGUUUUAAUUCUAAAAAGAUGUCUGUUAAGUAAUUUUGUAGUGUUCUGUUUUUCUAUUGCCAAAGGUGAGACACAAGAAUCAAAAAAAAAAAAAAAAGUCCACAGAGAAAUGAUUAUUUCACUGUUUCUUUUUUCACUCAUGACCACAACAAUGUGGUUUUCAAAGCUGCUGAUAAUCACAUCAUGUCACGUAUCCCUGAAAUGCUCAUUUCCUGAUAUAUACAUGUCAAUUUCCUUUAUAAAUUUUACAUGUCACACUGACUAGAGAGAAAACACAUUAAAACCACAGUGUUUUUUUUUUUAAUGAUUAUUUCCUCAAAAUCAUUCUACAUUCAGAACCAAAAAAAAUCUCAUUUUCUACAUGAGCACCAUUCAUAACAUUCAUUUCACAUGUUCAUUCCUGUCCAUGAUUAGAGGAUCAUUACAGAGGAAUUUCCCGAUGUGCUGAUUAUUGUUAGAUUUACGGUAGAUUUUAUGCUGAUGAAUGGCAUAUAAUACAUAUUUUAUAACAGUAGAUGGUACUUUCUUGAUUAAACAAUAAAAAGGUUAUAACAAUCUUCUGUAAAAAUCUUUAUCUCAUGAAAUAAACUUCACACUGGAAUAAACAAUGUAAUUCCCACAUCUACUAUUACUAGAUUUUAGCUUUCAUUAAGUGUGCAAAUUCCCACAUGUUUAAUUACAUGAUGCCUCAUUUGCAUAAACAAAUAUAAGUUUUUGAAGAACCUCAAAUAAAAUAUGUAUAUAUUUGUAAGAAUAUUUGUAGCAAUCAGCAUUAACUGUGAUAUUGAUUGUUUAAAAAAAAUGUAUUCACCUUUAGUGUCUCACCUGAAAGAAAGAAAGAAAGAAAGAACACAGAGUACACGUGACUCUACAGAGGAGGACAGGAGACAUAUUGGGAAUUAUUUUUAAUAUCUAAGACAGGACAGUGUGGGUGCAAAAGCAACAGCUUGUCUAACAAUGUAAGUUUUACCUUUUUAUCUGGUUAUGUGUUUAUUUACUCAUUAGCUGACUUUUGUGUUUAAAGCUCUCUGAUUGUCCUCAGGGUGAUGGAUCACAAAUGACAUGAGCGCCACACAGCGGUGAGUAGCUACAGAGCAGAAACUGUAACUUACACUUCACUGUAUUUAUACACACACACACACACACACACCACAAUGUGAUCAUUACACAGUUAUACAAAGAUGAGCUAUAACAUUAAAACCACUGACAGGUGAAGUGAGUAGCAUUGAUUAUCUCAUUACAGUGGCACCUGUCAAGGGGUGAGAUAUAUCAGGCAAAUCAAUAAUCCAAUGUUUGUAACACUGUUUUUGAAAUAAACUAAAUGUAACAUAAAUCAGAAUGACUCAGCUGCUUGACGUAUUGCAUUUCAACUACUUGUUUUGUACUCUUGUACUAUUUGCACUAUUGUCACUAGGUUCACUUUAAACAGAACUGUGUACUGGCCGGCGCUGCACUGGGACUUAUUGUGCACACUGUCUGUCCCAGUAGUCACUGUACUGUCUUGUACUGUUUUGUACUGUCUGCACAUGUUUGCACUUGUGCACUUUAUUGUAUAAUUUAUGUAGUCCCUUGUAGUUCUGUGUUGUUCUGUGUUUGUCUUAUGUAGCACCUUGGUCCUGGAGAAACGUUGUUUCGUUUCACUAUGUACUUGUAUAUGGCUGAAAUGACAUUAAACUCCACUUGACUUGACUUGAAAAGGACAUUUUCUGACUUUUGUACUUCACAUGUAAUAAAAUGGUAAUGCUGUUAUUAUUGGUGGAGCAUAUAUUAGAAGCAAAUGUGCAUUUCCACGUUAGGCCCUCAAAUUGUGAAGUAGACAUGU